GAAAUACUCCUCUUCCUCUGGGUUUUCCCCUCAUCCCCCUAGUAAAUUAUCUCCUUACCCUCACGUUCUCAAUUUUCUUGCGCCUUGCCAACUAGUCCCACCGUCCCGGCACUGAGUUUAAAUUGACUUGGCAUCGCCCGACUCAUGGCUACAUUCAUCACGCUCAAGAACGGGGAGCAGGUCAAAGUCAACGACCAUGUCUAUUGCUCGCCCGCGUGGUCCGUCCGAGAUGGGACCCCAUACUCUGUGGCGCGCAUCAUGGAGUUCUUGCCCCCCGAAGGCGCCUCGCGCGCAAAGGGCAAGGCCUCACAGCCAACGCGCGUUCGCUUGGCGUGGUACUACCGACCGGGCGACGUCAGCGACCGCCCCGUCGCCGACUCCCGCCUCCUCCUCGCCGCCAUAUUCUCAGAGAUCACCGACGUCUCACAGCUUAGGUCAAAGUGCUUUGUCGUCCACAGGGACAAGAUCACCGACCUCGCGGGUUGGAAGAAGCGCCCGGAUCGGUUUUAUUUCAACCGGCUCUUCGAUCCGUAUAUCAAGAAGGAGUUUGAAGUCAUCCAGUCCGUCGAUGUCAGAAAUUUGCCUGACGACAUCCGGAAGGUCCUUACUACUAGAUACGAAUACGUUGUCGCCGAAAAGGAAAUCGUCCCCGACCUGACCGAUGCGCUACGCAACUGCGAUACAUGCCAGAAAUGGUGCCCACCACCCGAAUGUGUUCGUUGCGAUCGCUGCAAACGCUACUUCCACAUGGGCUGUGUCCAACCCCCACUCAUCGCAAAGCCCACACGCGGCUACGGUUGGACGUGUGCGCCCUGUUCCCGCGCCCACGAAGAAGCCGUCGAGGGUCACGUCGUCGGUCGUCACUCGACACCUACGACUAAACCGAGGUCGAAUGCUCCGCCAGCCAGAGGAAGAGGCAGACCGAGGAAGGACAAGACACUCGCGGAGAAGGAAGAGAUGAUGGAGGUGAAGCAUUUCAAGAUGUGGCCGUUUAGGUAUUUCGGUUUACAUACGGUUGCAGAGGAUACCAUGGACCCAGACGACCUCAUAUUUCCUCGGACGACCACUCGUCUUGGUCCCAAAUACCAAGCUGUCAUCCCGCCUCUCCGCGGCUCUAACGAUCCAGAAACCGACGAACGAGGGGGUGAGAACACAAUCGAAAUCCUGAGCCUCGUGAACCAGAUGUCGGAGAGGCAAGUCGCUGAACUCGAGGCGCGGAAGGCGAAGUUGACUACCAAGCCAGAACUCAGGUCGAGCGUGGACUGGUUGACUGAGGUCAUCAAACGGUUCUCAGAGGCAUAUCUUGCACAGAAAGACCUAACAACCGCCGAUAUCAAUAUGCUAGAUACUUUCCGUCUCGAGAAGUGGAAGUCAGCACCGACGAGGUAUACGGAUCGGGAAUGGGACGAGGAGGAAAAGGCUGCGUUUGAGCACGCCAUCCUUCAACAUGGAGCUGAGCUCCGUCCUGUGCGCGAUGAAGUCGGGACUCGUACCAUCGCCGAAGUCGUCCGGUACUACGGACAUUGGAAGGCUGGCAAAAUCCGCGAAGAACUUUCUCAACGCCGCAAUACCACAUCCAACGCUCCAGCAAUCUCUCACUCCCGAUACUCGGACGAAGAAGGCUCCAUCGUCCGUACUGCGGGCAAGAACUUCAGCUGUGGCGCAUGCCGUACAAAGGACACGACCAAGUGGUGGAAAGCUCCUCGCGGUCUCAGCUCGAGUGUCCUUUGCGAUAACUGUGGGACGAGUUGGAGGAAAUAUGCGGAUCUGAACCCUCUGAGGCCAGUGAGGGAAGAAGCGAUGGCUGCAAAGGCGAAGACGACGGGGGAGAAGAGGGAGGGAACCCCGUUGAGUGCGCCGGCGAAUAAGAGACUCAAGGCCACCAAUUCGGUGAGGUCAAGCCCUGCACCAGCGGCUCCGUCGGCACCUCAGAUGCGCUGUGUGGCAUGCCAUAAGAACGGCCCUGCGAGUAAGGUCGUCAAGUGCCAACAAUGUCAGAUGAAGAUCCAUGCAGGUGCUUGUGGUUUUGUCCCAGAUCCUAGCGUCUCGGAGUGGUACUGCGACUUGUGUCAGAAUGAGAAGGUUGCAGAAGCUUCUCUGAAUACCGAUUGUGUGCUUUGUCCUCGUCCGAAGCGGGACCGAAAGAGCAAAGAAUACUACCCAUUACCCGACACCUUCCUCCGCGCAUGUAAACCAACGGAAGGACAAGGUUGGGCUCACGUCGUGUGUGCUGUCUUCCAUUCCGAGAUUAUGUUCUCGGAUUCUUCACGGCUACGCGUCGUCGAGGGUAUCAGUGCUAUUCCUAGUUAUCGGUGGCAGGCGAAAUGUGGGAUAUGCAAGGAGGCGGGAGGUGCUGUGGUGAAAUGCCACGAUUGCUCGCAGAUGUACCAUGUCUCUUGUGCGUGGAACAGGGGCUGCAAGUUCCAGUUUGAGAUGCAGCCUGUCAAGAACGUUCGGCGCGACCUCGCCACUACUGUCAACUUCAAGGAUGCGACUGGUCAUAUGGUUGCGGUCGUUCGGUGCAAGGAACACUACGACCAGAAACACCAGUACAUUAACCUCUGUGAACAGAAUGAAUUCGGCGAGACCGCGUUGCAGGUCUUCUGUCGGAACUACAAACAAGUUCAAGUCUCACAAUCGCACGCCCUCCUCCGCAAAGCCCAACGGCUCGACGAGAUCCUCCUCAGAAGUAACCCAACACCUGCGCUCAACGGUCACUCCGAAACACACGUCACUCCUCUGUCUUCCUCCACCAACGCGCCUCAGUCUCCCGCUCCUCGAUGCGCGGAAUGCAAGACCUCUCAUACACCUUUCAUGCAUACUGUCGGAUCGAGGUUCAUGUGCCAUCGUUGUUGGUUCGAUAAGGAGCUUCCGACGUACAGGGAGCCACCUAUCGCUCUGCUGUGAUAUCCUAUCCUUUCAUCACUCCUUUAUUUCUCCCUGUGUUGUCGUUUUGUUGUCUUUGUUGCUGGGUUCUCGUUCUCGUUCCUUCUGAUUACAUACAUACGGGGACAUGGCUUGAGGUCGUUAGUCCCGUUUGUAACAUACCGCUCUGAUAUUCAUCGUUUUGC